CACGUGGUGAAAGGCUGGCCAGGCGGACGUCAUUAGAAGCACUUUUUUUGACGUGAAGGUGGUCACUUUGGACACAAGUUCGUCCGGCGAAGAGGCGUAUUUAACUCAGGAAACAUGACGAGGAGGAUCCAGGGAGUUUGUAGAUUAUGUGUGCAGAAUCUUCUCCAAAGACAUUCAGACUCCUCGCUGCAGAGCUACAGACCCUUCACCACUCUCAGGGAAGGCAGACGUGGGGGAUUGUUAUGGAAGACGCUCGCUGCCGUUGCUGUUGGCGUGCCGGCGGCGGCAGGCGUCAAGUACGCCGUGUCGGGCCCGAGAGAGAGGAGGAAGAUGAGGAUAGUCAUCGAAGGCUUUGGUCGUUUUUGCAGAUCUCUGUCUGUGGGACUAUUCAUAUCAGCGGAUUACUGGUGGACCACCAAUGUGGCUCUUCGUGGCCUGGAUGAGAGCAGCCCAUCCUACUUGGCCGGCAUGUCGGCAUGCCACCGGAGGGCAGCAGAGAGCAUGGUGGAGGGUGCGGUAAAGAACGGCGGCAUAUACAUCAAACUGGGUCAAGGUCUGUGUUCCUUUAACCACCUCCUGCCGCCCGAGUACAUCCGCACGCUGCAGAUCCUGGAAGACAAAGCCUUGAACAGGAGGUACAAAGAGGUGGAUGCUCUUUUCCAAGAAGACUUCAACAGAAGUCCACUGCAGAUUUUCAAAACCUUCGACUACGAGCCCAUAGCUGCUGCCAGCUUGGCGCAGGUUCACAAGGCAGAACUGUUUGAUGGAACCUUAGUCGCCGUCAAGGUGCAGUACAUCGACCUCAGGGACCGCUUCGACGGCGACAUCAGAACCUUGGAGAUCCUGCUGGACAUCGUAAAGUUCAUGCACCCAAGCUUUGGCUUCCGAUGGGUCCUUAAGGACCUAAAGGGCACGUUAGCUCAAGAGCUGGACUUUGAGAACGAGGCCAGGAACUCUGAGAGGUGCGCCGACGAGUUGAAACACUUCAAGUUCCUCGUGGUGCCCAAAGUCUUCUGGGAGCAAACGAGUAAGCGAGUGCUGACUGCCGAGUUUUGCAACGGCUGCAAGAUCAACAACGUGGAAGAAAUUAAAAGACAAGGGUUGAGCCUGAAAGACACUGCAGACAAACUGAUCCGAGCGUUUUCUGAGCAAAUCUUCUACACGGGUUUCAUCCAUGCUGAUCCUCACCCAGGAAACGUCCUUGUGAGGCGAGGCCCCGACAGCAAGGCAGAGUUGGUGCUUUUGGAUCAUGGCUUGUACGAAUACCUCAGCCAACACGACAGGGCGGCGCUGUGCAAACUAUGGAGGUCCAUCGUCCUGCGAAACGAGGUCGCAAUGGAGAAGUACUCCAACGCCUUAGGGGUGAAAGAGUACUUCCUCUUCUGCGAGAUGCUGCUGCAGCGGCCCAUCAACAUGCGGCAGCUGCGUCUGUCCAACGUCCUGAGUCGGGAGGAGACGGCUUACAUGCGCCAGAUGGCCAUCCACCGCUUUAACAACAUCAUGCAGGUGCUCAAGUCCAUGCCUCGCCCCAUGCUGCUGGUCUUCCGCAACAUCAACACAGUCCGAAGCAUCAACAUUACCCUGGGGGCGCCCGUGGACCGCUACUUCAUCAUGGCCAAGAGCGCGGUGCGGUGCUGGGGGAAGAUCCAGGCGGAGAGGACCAGCAUGCUGCACAGGUUCUGGGUCGUACGCUGGUUGUGGACAGGAUGGGAGGGCCUCAAGUUUGAGCUGGCGUUAAGGACGGAGAUGGCGGCGAUGAGCGUGACGCGCUCACUCGUAAACCUGCUGAGCUACUUUGGUCUCAUCUCUCUGGACUCUGACCUUUACGAGUACCUGAGAUAGUUCUCCUACCUCAACUUGUGGACCUUUUCUUUAAAGCUACGCAGUCGGACAAUCAGGAUGUACUCGCGCCACAAUUUUAUGCUUUUAAUGAAGGAAAUGAAACAUAGGUACUGACUUUUGAAGGCAACUAUAUUGCUUUAAGCUGCUGGAUUUGUUUUUGCAGCAGCGUAUUUAGCCGAUAUUUUAAAUGGAAGACAAUUUUUAAAAGAAUAUCUGCUUGAUUGAGAUAAGUGUGUCCUGAUGUAUGGGUCCAUUCAUUUCUCACUUUCAAUGCUUUAAACAACCAAAUGUUCAUAAGUUAUUUUGACAAUGUUAAUAAAUUAUUCUACCUCCUG